GCUCGUCAGAGAGCUGUCAAAGUGACUGCUGUGUCGACUGCUUCUCAAGACCUGUUGAGAAAAUGCUCUUCCGUAUCUGAAUUGCAUUGCCUUUUUAAGAAGUGAUUUUCCCACUAGCACGUGAAGGAUUAACCUAUGUGGUUGGUUCUAGCUAUUGCCAUGGUACGUUUUUAUAUGGAAAAAGGAACACACAAAGGUUUAUAUAAAAGUAUUCAGAAGACGCUUAAAUUUUUCCAGACAUUUGCCUUGCUUGAGAUAGUCCACUGUUUAAUUGGAAUUGUACCUACUUCUGUGAUUGUGGCUGGGGUCCAAGUGAGUUCAAGAAUCUUUAUGGUGUGGCUCAUUACUCACAGUAUAAAACCGAUCCAGAAUGAGGAGAGCGUGGUGCUUUUUCUGGUCGCGUGGACUGUGACAGAGAUCACUCGCUAUUCCUUCUACACAUUCAGUCUUCUCGACCACUUGCCAUACUUCAUUAAAUGGGCCAGAUACAAUUUUUUUAUCAUCUUAUACCCUGUUGGAGUUGCUGGUGAACUUCUUACAAUAUAUGCUGCCUUACCCUACGUGAAGAAGACAGGAAUGUUUUCAAUAAGACUUCCUAAUAAAUACAAUGUCUCUUUUGACUACUAUUAUUUUCUUCUUAUAACCAUGGCCUCAUAUAUACCACUGUUUCCACAACUUUAUUUUCACAUGUUACGCCAAAGAAGAAAGGUGCUUCAUGGAGAGGUGAUUGUAGAAAAGGAUGAUUAAGUGAUCCCUGCAAACAAGGUGCUUUUUCCAGAAUAACCCGGAUUACUUGAGUCCAAGUUUUAAUAACAAGAAUAAACAACUUUAUGAAAUAUUA